CGAACUGUCAAAGUUUGUUCUGUGAUAAGAGGAAUGAAACGUUAAUGUUUUUUGGGUGAACAGAACUUAUUGGAUUUAUUUGAUCUGUUUGAACGGAUAAUCACUUGGCACAACUUAGCUAAGAUUUAUGAGCUGAAAUCCUUAACAAACGAACCGAAAGUAAAUAAAGAUAAGCACAUUACCUAAGUUUUGCUGUUUCAUAGCAGAAAAGUGAUACAUCAACAGCAGCAUUUAAUAAUUUAUUUAAAAAAAAUCUGAGUACCGUCAUGAGCUUAAAAGCAAUAAUUUAUGAAAAUGGAAAGCUGAAAAUACUUGACCAACUGUUACUACCGGAACAGUCUCAAUACAUCAACAUCGCCGGUGUUGAAGACGGUUGGAAUGCUAUACGCAAAAUGCAGGUUCGUGGGGCUCCAGCAAUCGCAAUCGUGGGAUGUCUUUCUCUGGCUGUCGAGAUAAGCAACCGUAGCUUUGAUAACAAGAGUGACUUCGUGCACGAGAUGGAAAAGAAACUUAAUUUUUUAAUCACUGCUAGACCAACAGCGGUCAACAUGAAGAUCGCUGCAGAUGAACUGAUCAAACUGUCACAUGUGCUAGACCGCGAUGAGGCUGUGGCUGUCGAUGCAAUGAAACGGACAGUUCUGGAGGCCAUCGAAAGCAUGCUUGAUAAGGAUAUAUCUGAUAACAUGAUGAUAGGGAAGCAUGGUGCUGGUGUGAUACUUUCUCGUGCAUCUGUCGGAAAUACUGUAAAGAUACUAACACAUUGCAACACUGGAUCCUUGGCAACUGCUGGCUAUGGAACUGCUUUGGGAGUUAUACGAAAACUGAAUGAACUGAACCGAUUAGAGCACGUAUAUUGCACGGAAACGAGACCAUACAAUCAAGGUGCCAGGCUAACAGCAUUUGAACUGGUGCACGAAAAAAUACCGGCAACUUUGAUAACGGAUAGCAUGGUCGCUUCCCUUUUCACUGUGGGUCAUAUUUCGGCUGCUAUAGUGGGAGCCGAUAGAAUUGCAGCUAACGGAGAUACGGCGAAUAAAAUUGGAACAUACCAAAUAGCUGUUCUAGCCAACUACCACAACGUGCCAUUCUACGUAGCCGCACCGUUUACCUCGAUUGAUCUGACGAUACCUUCGGGGAAAGCUAUCACCAUUGAAGAGCGUCCCGCACGAGAAAUGACUCACAUUGGCGAUCAUCGGAUAGCUGCACCGGGGAUUCAAUGUUGGAACCCAGCGUUCGAUGUGACACCAGCAGCAUUGAUUACGGGAAUUGUGACGGAGAAGGGUGUAUUCAAACCGGAUGAAUUAGAUAAGCAUGCUUCCUAACCAUAAUCUAUUGUUAUUGUUACGUGUAGGGUUUCGUUGAUUUGGAACUUGCUCUUUCAGUUCGUUAUUAAUUCUGGAAUUUGUUCAAUAUCACGUAAGAUGUUUUUCUUCUGCCCGUCAGUCCAAAGCAGUUCAAAUUAAACCAUUAGGAAGACCUAAAGAAAACCUAUCACUCCUUGAGAAAUGCUCUGCUAAAGCUUCUGACGUUCCAAUCGAAAAUUGACGGAUUACUAACCUGCUAUAAUACCAAUGUGAUAGAAAACAGGGGACUUGCUUGUGUUGGUAACCAAAACUUUGUAAACAAUUAUUAGUUCAACUUGCUGAAGUAAAGUUGAUUUCACUACCACAAAAAAGCUAUGUUUGUCCCAUCUGUUUCUACCUCAUUGCCAUUACUUCGCUUCUUGAGCUCGGCCAGUAACUGAUGAAAUAAACAAAGUAAGCAGUUGUUUUCUCUUUAAAAAAAAAGCUACAGUAGCGACGGUUGCCAUGAGUAACCAUGAUUGUUUUCGGUUAUUGAAAUAAAUUCGUCAUAAAAUAUACUGUAAAUUGAAUCAUAAAACAAAUAAAUUUCCAAGUAUCAUCACUUCUUUGCACCGAAGCGCAAUGUUCUAACGGACGUAGCGAGCCGAAAAAAGUGACGCAAGGCCUUCAACAAUAAAGAAUGAGGACAAUACUGGGUGAACACUCAGAACCCGAAAUAUUUUAACAACA